AUGGCCGUCUCGGAGAGCGGCCGCUUCGGCGACAGCUCGCCCAAGGAGGGCGCCCAGGGCCUGGUGGGCGUCCCGCGCGCGGCGGACCGCGACCCCGAGGGCUGCGCGCCAGAUACCCGCUUCCUCGUGCCCGCGCCCGGCGGCCGUGGAGCCGCGCCCUGGGUCGCCCUGGUGGCGCGUGGUGGCUGCACCUUCAAGGACAAGGUGCUGGUGGCUGCACGGAGGAACGCCUCGGCAGUGGUCCUCUACAACGAGGAGAGCCACGGGAACCUCACCGUGCCCAUGUCCCACGCGGGAACUGGAAAUAUAGUGGUCAUUAUGGUUAGCUACCCAAAAGGAAGAGAAAUUUUGGAUCUGGUGCAGAAAGGCAUUGCGGUCAAAAUGACCAUAGGAGUUGGCACCCGGCACAUGCAGGAGUUCAUCAGUGGUCAGUCUGUGGUAUUUGUGGCCAUUGCUUUUAUCACCAUGAUGAUUAUCUCAUUAGCCUGGCUGAUAUUUUACUAUAUACAGCGUUUCCUAUAUACUGGCUCACAGUUUGGAAGUCAGAGUCAUAGAAAAGAAGCCAAGAAAAUUAUUGGCCAACUUCCGCUUCAUACUGUAAAGCAUGGAGAAAAGGGAGGCGACAUUGAUGCAGAAAAUUGUGCAGUGUGUAUUGAGAAUUUUAAAGUGAAGGAUGUUAUCAGAAUUCUGCCGUGCAAGCAUAUUUUUCAUAGAAUAUGCAUUGACCCAUGGCUUUUGGAUCACCGCACGUGUCCAAUGUGUAAACUUGAUGUCAUCAAAGCCCUGGGAUAUUGGGGAGAGGUAGAGGAUGUGCAGGAGACGCCCGCUCCAGAAGCUACCGCUGGGAGCGUUUUGGCUGCACAUUUGAGCAUUGCUCUACAAGAGGAUGACCGAAGCGAGGGGAGCAGUUUUCCGUCCUCUUCCGCCAGUGUGUCUGCGCCGCAGUGUGGUGCCAGCUUUAAAGAAGAUGCAGGAGAAAACACAGCCUUGCUAGAAACGGGCAGGAGCGACCUUGAACAUGGAGGGCCCGUCUCCUAGCGCACAUCCUGGUGACCACAUCAUGGACAGAGCUUUUUGGCUUCAAUUAAAGGACUUUUUUUUUCCCCAACACAUAGUUUGUAUAUUUGAAAAUAAUGUACAUCAGGUUCUGAUUUGAUAUACAAAGGGCUAAGAUAUUUUAUUCUUAAAGAGACGUUUUGAUUAGUCAAUAUAUUUAUCUGCUAAAAUAUAUCAUUUACAAUAAACAGUAUGUUUUGGGCUCUUACAGAGGAGACCACUAGGAAGUCACUCUAAAGGGAGUGGCGGGGGGAGGUGUUUCUGAAUACUAAACUAGCUACUACGGUACUGUACACAUGGCUUUAAUUUUGUUUCUCAAGGAUGGUUUUAGACUGAGCAACUGCUGUAGACUAGUGGAAGCGGAAUUGUAUAAUUCACUUCGGUUUUCCCAGAGGAAAGGCUUUUCUAAAACAUUAAACUUAUGAGAUACGAGAAAUCUACAGAUUUCUCAAACCUCCGUAUUAUACAUAGACUUUGAAACCUACAGACACCUUUUCAUUGUUCUCUUCUUGGAAUUACAGGGAAAGCACUAGAUGACUUUAGGAUUUGCCUUUUACCUUUUUAGCCCCUAAUUGCAUAUGACACCUUAAAGGAGGGAAAUUUUCCGGUUUUUUCCACAAAUGGAAAGCUAAGAUCCUUCAUCACACAUGAGCAAUUAGGUUCUUCAUUGCCUUAAGGAAAUAGAGUAGGCAGACUGAUGACUGUAUUGUUUCCAACUACAAUCUUGACAAUUAAAAGGGUGAUAGAUGGAAAACUUUGUUGCUGUUUCAAAGUAAAGAAGCAGCCAGUUUUCUUGAUUGAAAGAUCAUGACCUUGUGUUAAUCAUCUAUCCUUUUUAAUCUCAGCUGUUCUUUCUUGAGGUUGAAAGGGGCAGAUGAAUGUAAAGCUUUUGGAGACUGCACUCUUAAAUGUUACAGAAUUAGUAAAUAAAAAUGUACACUCUGCUCUCCUCUCCCUUCUUGGAGGUGGAGGUUGAGGAUGAGGAAGAGUUAUUUUUUUUAAACUUGAAACUUGUCCCUUGUUGCUUCUAAGCUAGUUGUGUGUAUCUUUAUUUUGUGAGUAAAAUAAAGAUCUAUUUGGAGUUUUAAAAAAUGUAAA